AUGAACAACAAUAGUCAUACAAAAUUUGAUAUUCUUCCUAAACUUAUGACUACUCAACAUAAAUUGCUUGAACCUACUUAUCUAAGGAAUACAUAAAGCAAAUUUAGUCAUAAUGAAAGCAAAAUGUUACCUCUUAUACAAAGAAGUUCCAUCUUAUAACAGACUCCAAAUUCAAAACAAUUAGUUGUUCAAAGUAAACAGACAAUUUAUAGAAGGACUUGUUAAUAGUCUUGAUUUUAGUUCAAGACAUUUUGGUGCUGCUUGUGAUAGAGGUUUUUAAGGUUUGUCUAAAUUUCAUUAUACUCAAAAAUUUGGUCAUUCUACUGCACGUUUAGAACCUUUAAAUAGACAUAUAGUUGCAGAACUUACUGAUGUAGAAGAUAAUGAAUCUAUUCCUAAAGAGGAUAGAACAUAUUACAAAAAAAUUUACAAAUAUCAAAAGAUGUCCAUACUUGCUUUAAUAAAAUCUUUCGAAAUAGAGUGGAUAAGGGAAUUUGAAGAUGAAGUAAAUAAAAAAUCAACUAAACCUCUUUAAUUAACUUUUUAAAUAGCUUUAGCAAUAUUUAAUACUCAUACAGAUCCCUUAGAUUUCUUCUAAAAAAACUUAUAAUUAUUGGAAAGAAAUACAGUUGCAUUAAAGUAAAAGGGUUUAAAUAGAUUGAAAUAUAAAGUUAAGUAAUUUGAGACAGAAGAAUUUCAAAGAGUUGUUGUAAUUAAAAAUUAAUCUGGUUAAGGAUUUUUCAGAAUUUAUUUUCCAAUUAUUCAAUUAUAUUAAUAAGAGUACUAACAUAUAUAAACGAUUGAAUUGUCUCCUUAAAAGCUUUUUGAUAUAGUUAAAAAUAAUUUCUUUGAAAUGCAAUCAUUUGUUGAAUAAUUUGAUCAUGAAAAAUUGCAAUAAUAUAUAUAAAGUAAACCUGAUGAUGGACUUAUUUUAAAAGAAUUAAAUGAACCACAAUCUUAAUAAUAAAUUUCAUAAUCAGAUAUUCAAAUAGAUAAAAUACCUAAUAAUCAAGAUAAUGCUAUAUAAAAUAUAAUUUAAACUGGAUUGCCAAUUCAUAAAGAAUUAGGUAUUCUGAUUAUUGAUGGUAAAUUAUAAUAUUUUUAUAGAAAAACAUGAAUUUCCUGAAAAGAUUUUAUAAAGAAAAAUUAUUAGAAAAGUAGUAAAUUUUGAAAAUACUUAUUAUACAUGUGAUUUUUUACCUAUUUAAAUAUUAAUAAGAGAGAAAAAAUCAUAAAAAAUAAUUAAAAUGUAUUCUCCAACUCUUUAAGAAUUGGAUUCAAUAUUUGUUUUGUUAAAUAACAAUAAUAUGUAAUAGAUUCUUGAUUAAUAUGUUGUUCCUAAUUUUGAUAUGCCUCCAGAGGCUUUUGAUUAUAAAGAUUUUAAAAAGGGAACAAAUAUUAAAUUAAAUUUACCAGAAAUUACUGAGUAACCUAUGGAAAUUACAGAAGAACAUAUUAAUAAUGGUAUUUUGAGUUCAUAGAUAAAAGAAAUUGAAAUUAAUAAUAAAGACUUACAAAUUAUAAUUGAGUAUAAAUUAUUAAUUAUUAUUAGACCUUGUAUGUUGUUAAUUUAUAAUUAAUUGACUAGUAGUACAAUUAAAAAAAUAUGUACUUCAAAAGAACUAACAUAAGUUUUAUCCAAAAGAUAUUUAAUUGGAUUUAGAUUAAUAUGA